CAGCUGCAUAGACAGAGCUCAACAGUAACUCUGCUUGGCUAAUCCAGAUCCUAACUUGCAAAGAUGGAGAACGGCACAGAGGGCAAGAACUUCUACAUCCCCAUGAACAAUAGGACCGGGCUUGUGAGGAGUCCUUAUGAAUAUCCGCAGUAUUAUUUGGCAGAUCCAUGGCAGUUCAAGUUAUUGGGCAUCUACAUGUUUUUCCUGAUCCUCACCGGCUUCCCCAUCAACGCUCUAACACUCGUGGUCACAGCUCAGAACAAGAAGCUCCGCCAACCUCUCAACUUCAUCCUGGUGAACUUGGCGGUGGCUGGACUGAUCAUGGUCUGCUUUGGAUUCACGGUUUGCAUUUAUUCUUGCAUGGUGGGCUAUUUCUCUCUGGGACCCCUGGGCUGUACAAUAGAGGGAUUCAUGGCAACACUUGGAGGUCAAGUGUCUCUGUGGUCUCUUGUGGUCUUAGCUAUUGAGAGAUACAUUGUGGUCUGUAAACCCAUGGGAAGUUUCAAAUUCACUGCAACCCACUCUGCAGCCGGCUGCGCGUUCACCUGGAUAAUGGCCAGCUCCUGUGCAGUCCCUCCUUUGGUUGGCUGGUCAAGGUAUAUUCCAGAGGGCAUUCAGGUUUCCUGCGGACCUGACUAUUACACUUUGGCCCCAGGCUUUAACAACGAAUCCUUUGUCAUGUACAUGUUUUCCUGCCACUUCUGUGUGCCUGUCUUCACCAUCUUCUUCACCUAUGGCAGCCUUGUGAUGACAGUAAAGGCUGCUGCAGCCCAGCAGCAAGACUCAGCUUCUACUCAGAAAGCAGAGAAGGAAGUGACUCGGAUGUGCUUCCUGAUGGUGCUGGGGUUCCUCCUGGCUUGGGUCCCUUAUGCUUCCUACGCCGCCUGGAUCUUCUUCAACAGAGGAGCCGCCUUCUCAGCCAUGUCCAUGGCCAUCCCAUCCUUCUUUUCAAAGAGCUCAGCCCUGUUCAAUCCUAUCAUCUAUAUUUUGUUGAACAAACAGUUCCGUAACUGCAUGCUGGCUACAAUUGGAAUGGGCGGCAUGGUUGAAGAUGAGACUUCAGUGUCCACCAGCAAGACAGAAGUCUCUACUGCUGCUUAAAGACCACGCCGGACGUCUCUGGACUGCCUCUUUCUCGGUGUCUUCCUCCCUCUGGCAUGGAAUUAAGCAAAAAAGAUGCAAGUCAACUUCCUUCUCAUAAAUGGACACCAGUCCAACACUUCUGGACAACAGCAAAACCUGAACUCUUAAAUGAAACACGACCUGAAGUGUUUCCUUGUUGACGGUCUUGGUAACAACGUGUUAAAUGUUUGGAUGGUGAGUGACUGAAUUCACCUUUGUAUAUUUAUGAAAUGGAGAGGUUUGCUUAUGUUUCAGCCUCGACUAUGAUAGCCUGUAAAUAUUUUAUAAAGAAAAAAAUGUAGAAAAAAGAUUAAAUGCAUGCAUGAAAAG